UCUCAGCUGCCGAGGCGGAUGAUGAUGAUGAUGGCGGAGCUGGUUCAGGGACAGGCCUCGGUGGCUCAGCCCGGAACGAAAGAUGACUUCGCAGACACGAUACGCCGGGUCCGACAGAUGGCAGCCAAGAUGGGAGGAGACCAGAUGCCCAACAUGAACAGCUCCCCUCCGGUCACAGACCACUCCCUCUACGGCUUUGGAGGUCAGAAACGCUCACUAGACAAUGGAGUAGGGAACCACCUCGGUGCAAUGGUACAUCAAAGGGCUCUCGCUACAGAAGACUAUAAAGUGCCUGAUAAGAUGGUGGGAUUCAUCAUUGGAAAAGGAGGAGAGCAGAUCUCAAGAAUCCAGCUGGAAUCGGGUUGUAAGAUCCAGAUUGCUUCAGACAGCGGAGGCAUGUUGGACCGGCCCUGCACGCUGACUGGAAGCCCAGAGAACAUUGAUCAGGCCAAGAGGCUGCUGAGUGAGAUUGUGGAGCAGUGUCGGUACGGUCCAGGCUUUCACAGCGACAUGGACGGCAGUUCCAUCCAACAGAUCCUCAUCCCCGCCAACAAAGUGGGCCUCGUCAUCGGCAAAGGAGGAGAGACCAUCAAACAGCUGCAGGAGAGGACAGGAGUGCAGAUGAUAAUGAUUCAGGAUGACCCCAUGCCCACUGGAGCAGACAAGCCCCUGAGAAUCACUGGGGAUCCCCACAAAGUGCAGCAAGCCCGUGAACUUGUGAUAAAGCUCAUCCGAGACAAGGACCAAGGAGACUUCAGGGUGGGCCGGGCAGACUUUGGAUCCAAAAUGGGGGGAAGCAGUCUGGAUGUGGUUGUGCCCAGGUUUGCAGUCGGCAUCAUCAUCGGCCGGAACGGGGAAAUGAUCAAGAAGAUUCAGAAUGAUGCGGGGGUCCGGAUCCAGUUCAAACAAGAUGAUGGAGUCAGUCCUGACCGAAUCGCUCAGGUGAUGGGUCAGCCAGACCACUGCCACCAUGCGGUCCACCUCAUCAAUGAACUGGUCCAGACUGCUCAGGAGCGAGAUGGAUUUGGAGGUGUAAUUGGACGUCGGGGGCGAAGUGACUGUAACAUGGGAAGCUCUGGAGGACUGCAGGAGGUGACCUAUGCAGUACCGGCCGAUAAGUGUGGACUCGUGAUUGGCAAAGGUGGAGAAACCAUCAAGAACAUCAAAGAGCAGUCUCGUGCCCACGUGGAGCUGCAGAGAAACCCGCCGCCCAACACCGACCCCAACGUGCGCAUCUUCUCCAUCCGAGGCACCCCUCAGCAGUUGGAGAAGGCCCGCCAGCUGAUCGAUGAGAGAAUUGGGGGCCCAGGAAUGGGGGGCAACAGCAGCUUCGGUAUGAAUCCCUACAACCAAGGACCAACCACUCCUCCUCAACAAAGUGGGGCUCAGACCUUCAUGACUGGUGGAGGAGGUGGUGGAGGAGGAGGAGGAGGAGGAGGAGGAGGAGGAGGGUGGGGUACAACUUUUCAAAUAUGGCAGCCUCAAGGCCAACAGGACCACAGUCACAAUGGAUCCCAGACGAGCCAGAUGGACUGGGAGCAGUAUUAUAAAAAGCUAGGUCAGCAAAACCAAGCCCAGAGCUCUGCUCCUGAAUACAGCAAAGGUUGGGGCCAGACAGCUGGUCCUGGAUCUCAGCAGACCUCUAAUCCUGACUACAACGCCUGGGUUGACUUCUACAGACAGCCGGUGGCCUACUUCAACCAGGGCGCUCAGCAAACGCAAGCCCCGGGCCUUCAGGAUCAUUAAGAGGCGACGGGGACUGACUUGAAUCACUGAGGAUGGAAACAACCCUUUUUUAACGGAGGGUUCUAGAUUUACAACGCCUUGAAGACUUUUUUUCUUAGUGAGAAACACUAGCUGUAGAAUGACUUAUAUGAUAAAGUAAUAUUUCUAAAAAUCAGGAACAGUUAUUUGUUACUAAAUGCUUGUGUACACUGUUAUUUUGAAUAGACAGUAUCUGGGAUCCCUUUUUGGACUUGAGAGAGCUGUUUCGUUUUUUUUCUAUGUUUUCCUGUCUUUGACUCCGAUUGUACCGCCAAAACUGACCAGAGUUGUAACAUUUCAAAAGGCAAUAUGAUCUAUUUUUUCUAGUUCUGUUUGAAAUGAAACCAUGAUUAUGUGCUUAGCAGUCUUGAAUACCGUGUUGUCAUAAGAUGUUUAACAGCGAGUGUGUUCAAAUGUUUUUUCCUUUUACAUAAUUCAGUGAAAUGAAACUGUGAUGUUUUGUUACAGGAAAUGUAUUUUUGUUACACGGUUUAAAAAGCGGGAUUAGUGUCGGCCAGCGGCAGUAGUUCUGAUUUAAUUCCUGUUGUGCAUUGUAUGCUGUUUUUCAUUGUCAUGUUAUUGUACUCUGGUUUAAACAAAGGUGCAAUAUCUAAUUUCCCUUUUGAAACAAAGAUGGGUUCUCUAAUAUUUUGACAGACUUUUAACUUGUAGUUUUAAGAUGUUUUGUUUUGUUUUUCAAAUGGAAUUGUCAUCGAUAAUGUAUAACAAUUAUCUGUUCCGAUAGGAUUUAGGGGGAUGUUGCAAAUAGCUUUUUUGCCUUUGCUACCUUGUAAAACUAUGUAUAUAUGCUCAUAUAUUUGACUGUUAAUUUAAAAUAUAUAUGUUUCAUAUAUAUAUAUAUACUUAUAUAAAAACUAUUUUUUUUCCUGUGAUCAGUGUAGCAGGAGAAUUGUCCCUCUUUUUCUGUUCUCUUACUGACAAUGUUCAAAGAUUGUGAAUGUGUGAUUUGAAAUUUGAUGUUGCAUCUUGUUAUGAAGAAAAAUAAGCGAUAGAUUUUUGUGUAUGUUCUGUACCUGAACUAUUCAAGACUGCUAAGCCUCUGUACUUCUACCUGUGUAAUAAUUAAUAUAGUAUUUUUAUGUUUUAAGUAUUAUGAUCAAAAACUGUCUUAUUUGGUACCUCCCAGUUCACCAACGCCCCACUGAGCCCUCGCUGUGGACUCAGUGGGGCGUUGGACUCAGUCCAAUGCUAAUAACUUUUUAAUUAAUUUUUUUAUUUCUUUGUGUGAUCUAAUAUAAAUGAGAUAAAUGAUGCAUCAUUAUGGAAAAAUGAUUCUGGUAUUAACGUCAUUUCUUAAUGAAAAGGGAUAUAAUUUCAAAAUGUCUAAUUAUGGUGUUUUCUUUCCUUCGUGUACAGUUAACAUGUAUUAAAAACAUCCAGACUAC